AUGCAGCAGCCCAAAUUCGAUAUUGCAACAUACCCUACUCUCGACACUAUACGCUUGUUGUCAUCGCUCUUGGAGCGUAUGUGCUUAGCAAACGAUCAAUUGAACCGAGCAGUCAAUACGCGCAAGGACAUGGGUCGUCGAGCUUCCUCUGCUUCAUUGGUGGGAACAAGGUCAACGAUGGACUCUUCAACUACCUCAUCAGCCACUCCUCCAACUCGAUUCCACGCCAGAGCCUUGCCUACUAUUGAUAUCUUCAGCUAUCUUUCUCGCAUCUUGCGUUAUUGCCCGUGUUCCAAUGAGUGCUUUCUCAGCUUGCUGGUCUACUUUGACCGCAUGUCGAAGAAUCAACUUGCCCGCACAGGAAGACCUUUCUCCAUCGACUCGUACAACAUUCACCGCCUCAUCAUUGCUGGUAUCAUGGUCUCGAGCAAGUACUUCAGCGACGUUUAUUAUACAAACACACGUUAUGCAAAGGUUGGUGGCCUUCCAGUCUCGGAACUCAAUAGCCUGGAGCUCGAGUUUCUUGUAUUGAACGACUUUAAUUUAUCGGUGCCUAUCAGUGAUUUGCAACGCUAUGGUGAUCAACUCAUCAAGGUGGAAUUUAUGGAGAAUGAGAUGCGAAAGAACAUCAUGUAUGAAACACCUUCCUACAACAACCCAGGCACAAUGCGUCAUGGCCGCUCAACUUCUCUCGGCUCGGCUGCAGCAUUAGCUACACGUCAGAAUAUUAUGGCUGAAGAUCCUCAAGUUGAUCAACUACGUGAUAUGACAAGUUGCUUAUCUUUGGAUGAACGCACCACUCCAACCACCACUACAACAACAACAACAGCCACCAAUCAACAACAUCGAUCACAAGGUUUUACUUAUCUUCCCAAGAUCUCUCCCAACAACAACAGCAGCAACAACAACAACAAUCUACAAUCGGGUACUGUGCGACGCAUGACCAGCUAUGGCAACAUGCCACCUCAAUCGCCACACGCUGUGUAUAACACACCAAUGUCCAACCAUGAUAGCAGCCCUGGCACUAUGGAAGGAAAUGAAUCCAAUCGACGCCGUUCUUGUGCAAGUCAUCAUUCACCUGCUUAUACGACUCAAGGACAUCAUCAACGCAACAGCUUCUUUUCGAGUGAUCCAUGGCGUCAUUUCUCGACAACGGUGAACAACGCCCCCAAUCAUUCUCAGCAUUAUGCUCGACCUCGUCAUGGAAGUAUGGGAUUUACCACUGCCACCACGAGUAGCAAUGAAUGGCAACAGUACAGACAACCACGUCAAUCGAGAUCCAGUGCUAGCCUUUGCCAAUAUGGAGGUUUCCGCAAAUCGACACCACCAGGCUUGGAUAACAACGGCCAAUACAUGAUGGUAGGUGGCGAACCUUCAGCAACACCAACACAGCCAUUGAGUGGUACUAUGCCACCAGCAUCGUACUAUGCGUACAUGACACAUCCUAUUGGUAUUCCAACACCUCCACCCUCAUCGUCGCCAGUGCAUCAGAAGCAUCAGGCAUCUUCUCCUCAUCCAUCAUCCAUUGUUUAUUAUACCUAA